AAUCUUAUAUUGUAAUAAAAUUAAAAACUGAAACCGAAAAAAUUAACCUUAAAAGGAUACAAGUCCUCGAUUUGAAAGAUAAAGUACUUUUGGAUAAACAGAUGAAUAUUAUUAAUAAAGACGAUCAAUUUUAUAUAUCGGAACCAAUAGUUUUUCCUAAAGAUACAUUCAAAGUAUUGAUGAUAGCAGAGGAUGAAAAAACAAAGGAAACUAUAAAACGUACUUCUUUACCUAUCGAGCCGCAACAAGUUUUUCCAGAUUCUAUUAAAGACGAAGCACCUAAAGUUACAAUUACGGGUGACAGUAAGGUGACAUCAUCUUAUGGGAGUCCUUUGCAGUUGACUUGUAGAGUAACUGGACAUCCUAAACCUAAUAUAUUAUGGACAGAUGAUGAUGGGUCGACCUUGAAAUUUACGGUCACAACACUUAAAGAGGAAUAUGAAUUUGUAAGUGUAUUGGAAAUAGAUAAAGUAAAUAAAAAGAACACAUAUGUUUGUAAAGCUACUAAUAGUAUAAGCAGCGAUGAGAAAAGUGUUGAAGUUGAAAUGUCAAAUUAUUUUGAUGUUGUUAAUCUUUCCAAAGAUAAAAUAAUAGAGUAUAAUACAGAGGACAAAUUAUACUGCAAAGUAAACGCUAAUCCGCCCGUUAAUGUAACGUGGUAUUUAAAUGGAAAAAUAAUUGUAAAUGAUGAUAAUUUAAGCAUUACAUCAGAUCAAUCGACUUUACUAAUAAAAAAAAUGAAACCCGAACAUGUGGGAAAAAUUUUAUGUGAAAUUCGCAACGAUGUAAAACGGAUCGUACAUGAUCUCCAACUGACAAUAAUAGGAGUGGAGGCUCCAAAAAUCGAUAACAAAAUUACUGAAAUCUAUGCAAAUAAAGGCUCCAGUGCAAAAAUUUCAUGCAGAAUUUUAAAAGGAGAUCCAAAGCCAACGAUACAAUGGUAUUUCAAAGCAAAAAAUAAGGAUUCAUUUUAUCCAAUAAAAGAAUACAAAGAAGAUAUAAAUAUUGACAAGGUCACUGCUAACGUGGUUGGAACCUACAAAUGCAUUGCAAAAAAUGAAAUCGAUAAAGACUCUCACAUUGUUGACCUAAUUAUGGAAUACUCUCCUGUUAUCAUGGAUAAGGAAUAUAUUGAUAUCCUUAAAAGAAUGGGGGAAACAAUUACAAUAUCCUGUAAAAUACAUGGAGAACCAGCUCCAGAAAUACAUUGGUCAAUAAAUGGAAUAAAAGUAGAGGAUACCGAACUUUACAAAAUUUAUAGGGAUCACACAUUAACUUUCAAAGCUUCUAUAAAAACAAUGGGAAUGUAUACUUGUGAAGGUGUGAACAAAUUGGGAUCUAUUAAAUAUAUUGCAAACGUAAGCGUUUUUGAACCGGUCAGUUUUGAUGUACCAAAGACGUUGACGAUUAAAAUAAGGCUUAGACGCACAUUAGAUAUAACGUGUCCAGUGAAAGGAUACCCGACACCAUUGCUACGAUGGGAAUUUCAUUCACGUGAUGGCACAAAACGAAGAAUUCUUAGUGAAAAAGCCCAGUUGGUAAUUCCGGCGAUUGCGGUAAAUGAUCAUGGGCUCUACGUUUGUAUUGCGAAAAACCCUGAUGGCAAAGAGAAGUCUAUUGCAUACGUCGUUAAUGUAGAAGUGCCACCUUCUAUCACACCAGAAGAAAAGGAAAUUGUAGCUAUUAAAGAUGAUAUAGGCAUAAGAAUACCGUGUAAUAGCAGUGGAAAUCCAAAGCCAAAAAUAUCAUGGAUAUAUAAGGGCAAUCCUUUAGCUAUAGGAAACGAAUACUAUAGUAUGGAAUCCGAUGGAACUUUGCUUAUUAAGAAUGUCAAAGAAUCAGUAGCAGGAACGUACGCAUGUGUUGCUGAAAGCGAACUCGGCAAAGUAUUUGAAAAUUUUAAAGUAGUAAUUAAUAAGUAUCCAAUUAGAGGUGGGAUCGUAGGUGAAGAGUAUUUAGUAGAAAAUAAACCCGCAGUGGUAAAAUGUAAUGUACCACAUACGUCUACAGAUCAAAUAUUAUGGUACAAGGGUAGAUUUGUGGUUGCACGUGGUGACUUAAUAUUCAAGAAAUACCGUAACUCUCGUAGUGGACUUUACAAAUGCCGUGUUAGCAAUUAUUACAAGUCUAUCACUGGAAACGUGAGAAUUAAAACGGUAGUUAAACCACGAUUUGUUUACUCACAUACCAAACAAACAUUUAUGUUUUAUGAGCCCGAUCUUUGUCUAACUUGUGGGAACAGUGCAAGUCCAAAAACGGAGAUUUCCUGGUGGAAAAAUAAAAGGAGAAUAGUUUAUUCUGGUGACACUUAUUGCUGCAAAAAUUCUGUAACCAGUAUAGGAGAAUACGAAUGUGUUGUUGAAAAUAAAUUUGGAAAAAUUAGUCGGAAAUUUUAUGUAAAGGCGGAUGAUUGCUUGUUAGAUAUAAAAGAAGAUUUAGAAAAAUAUCAUCCUCUCAUACUAAACCAAGACUACAAAGUUUCCGAUUUCUCGAUUAAAGAUGGUCAUUUAGCUAUACCUAUUGGUAACAAAGUUCAAUUUUUCUGUCAAGGAGGCUUUAAUAAGUUUACUGAUUCGAUAUUAAUAGCAGAAUGCAUGCAAAGCCAUACUUUUAAAAUAAACGAUGAGGAGGUGGAUUAUACUAAAUUGAAGUGUAAAGAAGCUUUGAAGCAGGUUACCAUUAAAACUAAAGAAGAUUGUGCCAAAGGUAACGGUGAAGUUUACCGAAUCGGUAUAUAUGUCAAAGAAUUUAUGGAAAUGUAUCAAAUUUGCUAUCACAAAAUACUUAAGAUUCCUUUGUACGGAGAGUACAAUUUAACAACAUCAGCGGCAGGUGUAAGCUGUGCAUCACCAGAAAUAUGGUUUAACGAUGAUGUGAUAAAUUAUAACAAAGAUGAAAUGUAUGAUUGCAAGCAACAAAGAAAUGAUCUAACCACAUUAAUAGGUCGAGAUUUACCUGGCAAAGAAGACGAAUGUUUUGGUUCCAGACAACUUGUAAACGAGAAGGACUUACCAGCCGGUUUUCCACAAAUUUUGGCUCACAGCUAUCUUAACAUUGUUCCACAAUGGAAUUCUGAUAGCAUGAAGAACUGGGAUAUUUUAGAAGAAAUACUAAGAACUGAAGUAAAGAAAAGGCACAGAUCAUUUACUAAAUCAAAUAUAUAUAUAAGAACGGGAGUAUCUCAACGCUUUCGACUUUCUUUAGGAAAGUCAAAAGUCCGGUCUGACAUUUACAUUAAAGAUAAAGCUGGAAAUAAGAUUUUACCGCCGGUGUACAUAUGGAAGGUAAUUACAGAUCAAUUUAGCGCCGCGACGGUAGCCAUCAUUCAAGUCAUGGUACCAGAAUCUUUAAGACGUGACAACACAAAAGAUUAUGAGAUAUGUGAAAAUCAAUGUGACAAGAUACAAUGGCUAAAAGGAAUCGAUGUUGAUUAUUUAAAUAGUGGUAACAUGUUCUGUUGUAGUAUUAACGAUUUUGAAAAGGCAUUUCGUUAUCCUGUUGCAUUCAGUAUGGGUUAUACAAAAAUUUUAAGUAUAAUAAGCAGUUAGCAAGCGCUAUAA